GGGGCCGGGGAGAUACUUUUGUAACCCUUUCCAGCUUCUUGCAAGUCAACAAUUCUUGAAUCGUAGGUCUUCGGGGAGACUCAGAUUUCUGUGAAUGCAGGGUUCACAUCAGACAGUGCUCCUUGAAACCAGUCCGGGGAAAACAGGUAUAGUGUUUUUUAAGGGCGGGGACAGCUGUCAGCAACAGGGUCCGGGGAUCAUCACACUAUUGAAGUCAGGUUGGCUCACUCCUGGCUCCAAUGAAUGCAGGCUCUGGGAGAAGAUAUUAAGCUAGGGCCUCACAUACUUUUGCAGGGUCUCUGCACGGGAAGACAUGAUAUAGUGAAUGCAGGGGUCCGGGGAGAGCAGAUAUAGUGAAUGCAGGGUCCGGGGAGAGCAGAUAUAGUGAAUGCAGAGUCCGGGGAGACCAGAUAUAGUGAAUGCAGGGUCCGGGGAGACC